UUGGAGACAAGUAAAUACUGCCUGCGAUGCCACAUUAGGAGGGCUUGAGAACUGCUCAUUUUUAAGUGACAAGAGACUCCCUCUUCUCCAGAACCACGGAAGCAAUUGUGCUUUCAGGAUGAUUCCAUUCAGGCAGGCAGCUUAUUUCGUUUGCCUGUUUACUACAGUUUCCUGUGGGUGUCUGACUCAACUAUACAAGAAUGCCUUCUUCAGAGGCGGGGAUGUGACUUCCAUGUACAGCCCAAGUGCCCAGCACUGUCAGAUGAUGUGCACCUUUCACCCCAGGUGUUUGUUCUUCAGUUUUCUUCCAGCAAGUUCAACCAAUGAUGCCCAUAAGAGGUUUGGUUGCUUCUUGAAAGACAGUGUUACAGGAACCUUGCCAAGAGUGCAUCGGACAAAUGCAAUUUCUGGACAUUCCUUAAAGCAAUGUGGCCAUCAAAUAAGUGCUUGCCAUCGAGCCACUUACAAAGGAAUUGAUAUGAGAGGAACCAAUUUUAAUAUAUCUAAGGUUCAAAGUGUUGAGGAGUGUCAGAAACAAUGCACUGACAAUAUUCACUGUCAAUUUUUCACAUAUGCCACACAAACAUUUUAUAAUGCAGAACACCGGAACAAUUGCCUUCUAAAGAAAAGCACAACGGGAACGCCCAGCAGUAUAAAGUUGCUGGAUAAUGUGGUGUCUGGAUUCUCACUGAAGCCCUGUGCGCUUUCAGAAAGUGGAUGCCACAUGAACCUUUUCCAGCAUCUCGCGUUCUCAGAUGUGGAUGUCGCCAGAGUUCUCACUCCAGACGCUUUUGUCUGUCGCACCAUUUGCACCUAUCAUUCCAACUGCCUCUUCUUUACGUUCUACACAAAUGAAUGGGAUACAGAAUCGCAAAGAAAUGCGUGCUUCCUUAAGACUUCUAAAAGCGGUACACCGAGUUUCCCUACUCCUCAAGAAAACACGAUAUCUGGUUAUAGCCUUUUAACCUGCAAAAAAACGUUGCCUGAACCCUGCCAUUUCAAAAUUUACUCUGGAGUCGACUUUGGAGGAGAAGAAUUGAAUGCAACCUUUGUUAAAGGAGCGACCGUUUGCCAAGAGACUUGUACAAAGACAAUUCGCUGUCAGUUCUUCACCUACUCUCUACUCCCAGAAGACUGUGAGGGAGCGAAGUGUAAGUGUUCCUUAAGACUGUCUUUGGAUGGUUCCCCAACCAGCAUUACCCAUGGGACACAAAAGAGCUCCGGUUAUUCUUUGAGACUGUGUAAAACUGAGAAUGGAUCUGUUUGCACCACAAAAAUAAAUGCACGCAUCGUGGGAGGAAGCAACUCUUCUAGGGGAGAGUGGCCCUGGCAGGUGAGCCUGCAGGUGAAGCUGGCAGCUCAGAGCCACGUGUGUGGAGGGUCCAUCAUCGGUCACCAGUGGGUCCUAACUGCAGCUCAUUGCUUUGAUGGGCUUCCCUUUCCAGAGAUUUGGCGCAUUUAUGGUGGAAUUUUAUAUCUGUCUGAAGUUACAAAAGAAACCGCUUUCUCACAAAUAAAGCAGAUUAUUAUUCACCCUAAAUAUAAAAUCUCAGAGACUGGUCAUGAUAUCGCCUUAAUACAACUUCAGGCUCCUUUGAAUGACACCGAUAUCCAAAAACCAAUAUGCCUCCCUUCCAAAGAUGAUACAAAUGCAAUUUAUACCAACUGCUGGGUAACUGGAUGGGGCUUCACGAAGGAGAAAGGUGAAAUACAAAACAUUCUACAGAAGGCAAAUAUUCCUUUGGUAACGAAUGAAGAGUGCCAGAGAAGCUAUAGAGAUCAUGCAAUAACCAAACAGAUGGUCUGUGCUGGCUAUAAAGAAGGGGGGAAAGAUGCCUGCAAGGGAGAUUCAGGUGGUCCCUUGGUUUGUAAGCACAACAACAUCUGGCUUUUGGUGGGCAUUACCAGCUGGGGUGAAGGCUGUGCCCGCAGAGAACAGCCAGGUGUCUACACCAAAGUUGCUGAGUAUGUGGACUGGAUUUUGCAGACGAUGCAGGAAAAGGAUUGAGACACUUACGCUGCAGCUGGCUGUGUGAAGAGGCCGCAUGGUGAAGGAGCACCACUAGUUCCACAACCUGGGAUCAAGUCCAAUUCUGAGUGUUGGAGCCCUUGUCUGCAAAACAUGGAGAGUGCAUCUACCUUACAACCUUGUCAUAGGAUGGAAAAGACAAUACACACACAGCUGCUGAGCACCCUGUCCUUCAAGGCAUGCUUUCAGCUCCGACUCUCUGGGAGCUAAUAACAGAGGAUGAUGGAAAUCGCCACGACUGAUUGUGAACUAAAAGGGCAGAAGAGCAUGACGAGAAAGUGUGACACACACCUGGAAAUAGGUGAAUCCAGAUUCUAGCCCUGAGCAUGGGGUCCUUCUAAUCUCAGUGCUUCUUCUGGAGCUCAAUGUAUCUCAGAGUGUAACUCUCUGUGUCUCACCUGCCUGCUCUUGGAAACUUGCCACUGGGGUGGGCACUCCUGGCACAGGAAGAUAAGUCGCCACUUGCAAUGCCCUCAUCCCAUACUGGAGUGCCUCAUUCCAGUCCCAGCUCCUCUGUUUCUGAUAUCCAGCUUCUUGCUAACCUCAUGAGCAAUCAAGAUUCUGUUCCAGGCUCCUGGCUUAAGCCUAGCCCAGUCCUGGCUGUUGCGGGCAUUUGGAGAGCAAACCAGUAGGUGGAAGAUUUUUCCCUCUCUUUGCUUUUAAAAUAAAAUGAAAAUAAAUAUAAAAAACAAAUCCGCCUGCUUCACUUGGGGUGAAGAGCCAGGAAGCUUGGGUUUUGCUCAAGCCUGUAGGGAGAUGACUUUGCAAUGUCCACUUCUACAAGGAAGACAGAUUACCUGAUUCUGGGAGAAUAAGCCACCUUUUCAUCAUGGCUGCAUUGAAACCCAGGCAUUGCUAAAAGAAAGGCAUGUGGAGGGGCCCCUGGGGCUACAAGUUUUUCUAGUUGCUGCUCUUGCAAUAUGAGAGCGACUUCAGAAAGUUUGUGGAAGAUAGGAUUAAAAGAUACAUUUAUUUGGGUGCAAAAUUUUGAGAUCGAUGCAAUGUGUGUUUGUAAUGUUCAUUUUCUGUGAACUUUUUGAAGACCUCUCAAAGGUUCAGUGUACAACCUGCCUAUGGGGCAAGGAAUCUGCUUUGCACAAAGGCACUGAUUUUGAGGUUUCAGAGGAUAUUGGGUUCUACAAUGGUGGUGCAGGGAGCAUUGUUAAGUAUAAAGUUAGCAGACUUGCAAAGGAAUGGUGGUAGUAAAUUACCAUAAACUGCUGGUCUAAAUCCUUACGCAGCACAAAUUCCAAACUUGAUAGUGAGUGCUACAAUUGAAACCAGGUGGCUUGAUUCAGUUCGGUUAUGCUGAGUAUCAUUUACACAGAAUUGGUGGUUUACAAAAUGCUGUGUAGGUCAAGUAAAAAAAUAAAAGAGUAAAGAUUUCUAAAAAAGGUUGAGUUUUUCUUUCCAUACUCAAAGAUACAGUGAGUGGGGGCAGGGAUAAAUAUGGGAAGAGCUGCAGGAAAUCAUGAGGUAUGACUUAUCUUCAGGCCAUUGAGUUAAGCUAAAGAGUUAAGAAUUUACUUCAGAAGCCAAUGGCUUUUGUAAAAUGUGGCUAGAUCCAUGAGUUGAUUAAAAAGUACAAUUUCACAUUUUACUCUUGAAUGCAAUAAAGGUAUUUGUCUUUGUCA